CGGCUCCGGGGGGCGGGGGCCGGGGCCCGGGCCGGCUCGUGCGGGGGGUAUGAUGACCCGGCGGCGGGGCCCCGGAUCGCGUCUCCUCCGCCGCCUCCUCGCGGCGGCCCCGACUCGCGGCUGAGAACUACACACACCGGCGGUAUGGCAUCACAGCUGCAGGUGUUUUCCCCCCCAUCAGUGUCGUCGAGUGCCUUCUGCAGUGCGAAGAAACUGAAAAUAGAGCCCUCUGGCUGGGAUGUUUCAGGACAGAGCAGCAACGACAAAUAUUAUACCCACAGCAAAACCCUCCCAGCUACACAAGGGCAAGCCAGCUCCUCUCACCAGGUAGCAAAUUUCAAUAUUCCUGCUUACGACCAGAGCCUCAUCCUCCCAGCUCCUGCAGUGGAGCAUAUUGUGGUAACAGCUGCUGAUAGCUCAGGCAGUGCCGCUACGGCAACCUUCCAAAGCAGCCAGACCCUGACUCACAGGAGCAACGUUUCUUUGCUUGAGCCAUAUCAAAAAUGUGGAUUGAAAAGAAAAAGUGAGGAAGUGGACAGCAACGGUAGUGUGCAGAUCAUAGAAGAACAUCCCCCUCUCAUGCUGCAGAACAGAACUGUGGUGGGUGCUGCUGCCACGACCACCACUGUGACCACGAAGAGUAGCAGUUCUAGCGGAGAAGGGGAUUACCAACUGGUCCAACAUGAGAUCCUUUGCUCUAUGACCAACAGCUAUGAAGUCUUGGAGUUCCUAGGCCGAGGGACUUUUGGACAGGUGGCAAAGUGCUGGAAGCGGAGCACCAAGGAAAUCGUGGCUAUUAAGAUCUUGAAGAACCACCCCUCUUAUGCCAGACAAGGACAGAUUGAAGUGAGCAUCCUUUCCCGCCUAAGCAGUGAAAAUGCUGACGAGUAUAAUUUUGUCCGUUCUUACGAGUGUUUUCAGCACAAGAAUCAUACCUGCCUUGUGUUUGAGAUGUUGGAGCAGAACUUGUAUGAUUUCCUAAAGCAGAACAAGUUCAGCCCACUGCCACUCAAGUACAUCAGACCAGUCUUGCAGCAGGUGGCCACAGCCCUGAUGAAGCUGAAGAGUCUGGGUCUGAUUCAUGCUGACCUUAAACCUGAAAACAUAAUGCUGGUUGAUCCAGUUCGUCAACCCUACCGAGUGAAAGUCAUUGACUUCGGUUCUGCUAGUCACGUUUCCAAAGCUGUGUGUUCAACCUACUUGCAGUCACGCUACUACAGAGCCCCUGAAAUUAUUCUUGGAUUACCAUUCUGUGAAGCUAUUGACAUGUGGUCACUGGGCUGUGUAAUAGCUGAGCUGUUCCUGGGAUGGCCUCUUUAUCCUGGUGCUUCAGAGUAUGAUCAGAUUCGUUAUAUUUCACAAACACAAGGCCUGCCAGCUGAGUAUCUUCUCAGUGCCGGAACAAAAACAACCAGGUUCUUCAACAGAGAUCCUAAUCUGGGAUACCCACUGUGGAGGCUUAAGACACCCGAAGAACAUGAAUUGGAGACUGGAAUAAAGUCAAAAGAAGCCCGGAAGUACAUUUUUAACUGUUUAGAUGACAUGGCUCAGGUAAAUAUGUCUACAGACUUAGAGGGAACAGACAUGUUGGCAGAGAAGGCAGACCGGAGAGAAUACAUUGAUCUCUUAAAGAAAAUGCUGACGAUUGAUGCAGAUAAGAGAAUCACUCCUCUGAAAACUCUUAACCAUCAGUUUGUGACAAUGGCUCACCUUCUGGAUUUUCCACACAGUAACCAUGUUAAGUCUUGUUUCCAGAACAUGGAGAUCUGCAAGCGGAGGGUUCACAUGUAUGACACAGUGAGUCAGAUCAAGAGUCCCUUCACUACACAUGUUGCUCCAAAUACAAGCACAAAUCUAACCAUGAGCUUCAGCAACCAGCUCAACACAGUGCACAAUCAGGCCAGUGUUCUAGCAUCCAGUUCUACUGCAGCAGCUGCUACUCUUUCUCUGGCUAAUUCAGAUGUCUCACUGCUAAAUUACCAAUCGGCUUUGUACCCAUCAUCUGCUGCACCAGUUCCUGGAGUUGCCCAGCAAGGUGUUUCUUUACAGCCUGGCACCACCCAGAUCUGUACUCAGACAGAUCCGUUCCAACAAACGUUUAUAGUAUGUCCACCUGCUUUUCAGACUGGGCUACAAGCAACAACAAAACAUUCUGGAUUCCCUGUGAGGAUGGAUAAUGCUGUGCCAAUUGUACCCCAGGCGCCUGCUGCUCAGCCACUACAGAUACAGUCAGGAGUACUUACUCAGGGAAGCUGUACACCACUAAUGGUAGCAACUCUCCACCCUCAAGUAGCCACCAUCACACCGCAGUAUGCGGUGCCCUUUACCCUGAGCUGCGCAGCAGGCCGGCCGGCGCUGGUUGAACAGACUGCUGCUGUACUGCAAGCCUGGCCUGGAGGAACACAACAAAUUCUCCUACCUUCAACUUGGCAGCAGUUGCCUGGGGUAGCUCUGCACAACUCUGUCCAGCCUACUGCAGUGAUUCCAGAGGCUAUGGGGAGUAGUCAGCAGCUGGCAGACUGGAGGAAUGCCCACUCUCAUGGCAACCAGUACAGCACUAUCAUGCAGCAGCCAUCUUUGCUGACUAACCAUGUGACAUUGGCCACUGCUCAGCCUCUGAAUGUUGGUGUUGCCCAUGUUGUCAGACAACAGCAAUCUAGUUCCCUCCCUUCAAAGAAGAAUAAGCAAUCUGCUCCAGUCUCGUCCAAAUCCUCUCUGGAAGUUCUGCCUUCCCAAGCUUAUUCUCUAGUUGGAAGCAGUCCUCUGCGUACCACAUCUUAUAAUUCCCUAGUCCCUGUCCAAGAUCAGCAUCAGCCAAUCAUCAUUCCAGAUACCCCCAGCCCUCCUGUGAGUGUCAUCACUAUCCGCAGUGACACUGAUGAAGAAGAGGACAACAAAUAUAAGCCCAAUAGCUCUGGCCUGAAGGCGAGGUCUAAUGUCAUCAGUUAUGUUACUGUCAAUGAUUCUCCAGAUUCUGACUCUUCCCUGAGCAGCCCAUAUUCCACAGACACUCUGAGUGCUCUCCGGGGCAACAGUGGGUCACUUCUGGAAGGACCUGGCAGAACUGCCACAGAUGGUACUGGCACCCGUACCAUCAUUGUGCCUCCAUUGAAAACACAGCUUGGCGACUGCACUGUAGCAACCCAGGCCUCAGGUCUCCUUAGCAGUAAGACCAAGCCAGUGGCCUCAGUGAGUGGGCAGUCAUCUGGAUGCUGUAUCACCCCCACAGGGUACCGAGCUCAACGAGGGGGGACCAGCGCGGUGCAGCCACUCAACCUUAGCCAGAACCAGCAGUCAUCGUCAGCUCCAACCUCGCAGGAAAGAAGCAGCAACCCUGCUCCCCGCAGACAGCAGGCAUUUGUGGCCCCGCUCUCCCAAGCCCCCUACGCCUUCCAGCAUGGCAGCCCACUGCACUCGACGGGGCAUCCACACUUGGCCCCAGCCCCUGCUCACCUGCCAAGCCAGCCUCACCUGUAUACGUAUGCUGCUCCCACUUCUGCUGCUGCACUGGGCUCCACAAGUUCCAUUGCUCAUCUCUUCUCCCCCCAGGGUUCCUCCAGGCACGCUGCAGCUUAUACCACCCACCCUAGCACUCUGGUGCACCAGGUUCCUGUCAGUGUUGGGCCUAGCCUCCUCACUUCUGCCAGCGUGGCCCCUGCUCAGUACCAACACCAGUUUGCCACUCAGUCCUACAUUGGGUCCUCGAGAGGCUCAGCAAUUUACACUGGAUACCCACUGAGUCCUACCAAGAUCAGUCAGUAUUCUUAUUUGUAGUUGAGCACCAGGGAGGCUUCAUGCUGCCUGCAACCGGCCCUGAGUUCUUAAUGGACUCUGGUGAGCACCUCCAUUAUCUUCUCUUGAAAGUUCCUAGCCAGCAGCUCGUUCUGCAGGGGCCCACUGAAGCAGAAGGCUUUUCUCUAGGGAACCAUUCUCAGUGUUGACUGCAUUGUUGUAGUCUCCCAAGUCUGCCCUAUUUUUUAAUUCUUUAUUCUUGUGACAGCAUUUUUGGACUUUGGAAGAGCUCAGAAGCCCAUCUUCUGCAGUUACCAAGGAAGAGCGAUCAUUCUGAAUCUACCCUCUGAUGUACAUUCUAUCUCUUUGGCUUGAUUUCCAGAGAUGCUUUUAAAAACAAGUGGCACCUGUCUUUACUUUGUUUUAUUAAGAUUGCUGGUCACAGGAAAAAUGCUGAUAGAAGGAUUUGAAAUCUUGUAACAGAUGAAAAAAAGUAAUUACUUUUUGUUUGUUUAAAAACCAAGACUUCUUGCCUUUUAUUUUAAAAGCAGCUUAUAUGAGGCUGUACUUUUCCUGUUAGGCAUUUCUCCUCGAAAGUUGAUCUUUGUUAAUGGCACAUUGAAACUUAACUGAUUUAGUUAUUUUUUUCAUGUUGUGUUUCCUUAUUGGGCAGUUAUUAGUACUUUUGGCAAAAGUGGCCAAGUACUGAGAUGUUUGCAGUUGCUUUUGUGUUCAUGACAGAGUGGUGUUAAAAAGGCAGCCCACCACUUGCUGGACCUCAGUGUGAGAGGAUCUAUGCCCACCAAGGAUUCUUUUUAAAUGAAGCACCAUGAAUUCUUUCUUGGAUUAUUUUUUUAACGUUCUCUCUCUCUGUGAUUCAACUUAAAUUCUCCUACUAGAAAAGUCAGUGUGGUGGAUUUUUUGUUGUUUUUUGUUUGUUUUGCAUACAAUAGUAUGCAGAAUCUCUCUCUAGGAUGGGAUACUGGCACUGGUGAGCUUUGCCUAAAAUUUCUAUGAAUUUUCAAUAGGAUGCCUCUGUUUUCCUCAUCUCCCCCUUCUGUUUCAUGUGACUUAUUUGAGGGGAAAGCUAAAGAAACUAAAACCAGAUAAGUUGUGUAUAGCCUUUCUACUUUAAAGUAGCUUCCUUUGUAUGCCAACAGCAGGUUGAAUGCUCUCUUAUUAAGACUUAUAUAAUAAGUGCAUGUAGGAACUGCAAAAAAUAUUUUAAAAGUUUAUUACUGAAUUUAAAAAUAUUUUAGAAGUUUUGUAAUGGUGGUGUUUUAAUAUUUUGCAUAAUUAAAUAUGUACAUAUUGAUUAGAAAAAUAUAACAAUUUUUCCUCUAACCCAAAAUGUUAUUUGUAAUCAACUGUGUAGUGAUUACACUUGAAUUGUGUAUUUAGUGUGUAUCUGAUCCUCCAGUGUUACCCCGGAGAUGGAUUGUGUCUCCAUUGUAUUUAAACCAAAAUGAACUGAUACUUGUUGGAAUGUAUGUGAACUAAUUGCAAUUAUAUUAGAGCAUAUUACUGUAGUGCUGAGUGAGCAGGGGCAUUGCCUGCAAGGAGAGGAGACCCUUGGGAUUGUUUUGCACAGGUGUGUCUGGUGAGGAGUUGUUCAGUGUGUGUCCUUUCCUUCCCCUCUCCUCUCUUCCCUUAUUGUAGUGCCUUAUAUGAUAAUGUAGUGGUUAAUAGAGUUUACAGUGAGCUUGCCUUAGGAUGGACCAGCAAGCCCCAGGGAACCCCAAACUGUUCACUGGGAUUUAACAGAACAGGUUUAGUAGCUGUGUUGUGUAAAUGCAUUGUUCUCAGUCUCCCUGCCAACAGCGAAAAAUCAAAACAGCAGCUUUCCUUCUUUUUUUUCCUCACUUAAACUGGAAACACCUUUACUGAUAGUUAGGACAGUUACACACACAUACAAAGAAAUACAAGACAAUGAUGUGUAGCACAUGGGCUAAUAAUAUUCUCACCCUCAUCAUCUGCUUCAGGACUAUCUGCCCCAACCCCCUCAUAUUCCUUCUCUAGGGCAGCCAUGUCUUCACGGGGCUCAGAGAACUCCCCCUCCCCUCAUGCCCUCACCCACACACCGGUGCACAAAGACACUUGUGAUCUAGGUGAGCCCAGGCCCUAGCGAUGGCUGUGGUGUUGCUCAGCAUGCACACAGCCCUCUGGACCUUGGCCAGGUUUCCACCAGGUACCGCAAUGGGAGGCUGGUAAUUAAUGCCAGCCGAAGCCAGUGGGGGCACCAGUCCACAAACUGGAUAGUAUGCUUGGUCUUGAUGGUGGCAAUAGCAUUGACAUCUUUGGGAACCAUGUGACCAUGGUACCCCAGGCAGUAAGCCAUGUAUGUAUUUACCGUGGCGAGGGUCACAUUUCGCCAUCUGGUUGGCUGGCUGAAAGCAAGCACUGGUGAUCUCUGCUACUGUCAGCUGCUCAUGGAGCCGCUUUCCUUCUCCACUGCCUCUUCUGUCCGCUCCAUUUUGGAUCCUUAGCUCAGCUCUCAUGGAAGCAUUCCCCUAUGUGGCUUCUCACUGUGCCUCACUGCCUGGCUCCUGUAAGAGGUCAGGAAGCAGGUGAGAGUAAUGAAGCCAGUACUUAAUAUGCAUAUUUGAAAGUAUGUGCAAUCACGUAGGACAGGAUUUCUUUUUCUCUUUUCCCCUGUGGUAGUCUUUGCUGCACAUAAGUGACAUUACUAGCAAACUAUUUGCUUGUUUUUUUUAAAGGCAUAUAACAGAUGUGUUUAUACCAAAGAGCCUGUUGUAUUGCUUAACAUGUCCCCAUACAAUGAGGAGGGUUUUGUAGAACUGUUGGUGACAAGAAGCUCACAGAAAGGCUUCUGAGUCGGUGAGGAAUAUUAAAAAGAAACCAAAGCCUCUUGAAUCACCAAGGUUUUUGAGGUUUCUUUGUAACAGCUUGUAUAUUCUUGGGGCCCUUCAAGCUGUGAAAUUGUCCUAGUAUUCAACUCCUCCAUGGAUUUGGGUCAAGUUGAAGGUACUGAGGAUGAGGACAUUCCUGCCCAUGAAGGAUUUGUGGGGAGAAGAUUAACCCUAAGCUACAGAUGUGUUCCACCUGAAUUGAAAAUUAUAUUUGAGUGAUAAUUCUAGGAUUGGUUCUGUAUAGAGAUGGUGUCAGGGAGGUGCAGGAUGGAGAUGGGAGAUUUCAAGGAGCCUGGUCAGCAAGCUCUGAACCAGGUGAAACACUGAGGAGCUGUCGACGAAUUUGGAGUUUCUUCAUCAUGGGGAGUAAGGGUUUCCAGGGCGGGGCAGGUAGUCAGUACAACCUGCCAGGAGCAUGAUCUAUUUUCUCUCUCUUCUUUAAUCAUUAUAUUAAGCUGUGCAUUCAGCAGUCUGUUGGUUGAGAUAACCACGAAUUUGUGUAGUUUGUCACUAGUGUUAAACAGUUUAAGUCAGUGUGUUUGUGAUCUUUGUCUCCUUUUCCCCAAGCAUUCUGGUUUUCUUGUUUAAACACAGUUCUAGUUUCUAGUCGGAACAUUUUUGUACCUUAUCUUUCCUCUGCAAGGGACAAAAUUUACUGUUUUUGUAGGAAUGAGAUGCAGGGAAAAAACAAACCACCCCUACCCUGCCCCCACUUAUAAUAAGCAGUUUCUGAAGAUGGGAGUCUUAAAUCCAUGGGAAAAGAGAGUGUCCAAGCAUGUAUCAUCACCUCUAACAUCAGGCUAGUAGUGUGACUUACAGACUUUGAGGUUCAGUCUGCAAACGGACAUCUUAUAUUUCCCAAGAUAACCGACCUCUCUGCUGAGUGGUUUUACAGUCAUUCUGUCCUGGGACUUAAACAUUGACUGCCCUGCUGACCUGGAAGGAAGCCCUAUGAAUAAUAAAUAGAGUGAGUAGCUGACCUGGGUCAGCAUUGUCCGACCUUGGAUCAGCUUAAGGCUUUAAAUCCUCUCUUAGAACUUGCAUUUCUGUCUUCUCCCUUUCCAGAUGAGAGGAAAUGGAAAGGGCUGCAUAGAGCCUUGCAGGUACACCAGGACACGUAAUCACUCCAGAGUUCCCAGUCAUUCCUAGGAGUUGACUAGCAUUGUCUUGUUUGGCUAAAAUGCCAACCCCAGGAAUAAGAGUCCCGUUUCAAACAAUUCUGGCCAUUCAGAGCCUGCUUUUGUGGUUGCUCAUCCACCAUCCUCCACUAGAGGGGCUUAGCUUGACUGCCCUUAGCCAGGCAAGCACAGUAAAAUCUGUGUUUUAUUCUGCAUUCUUAUGCAGAGAUCUACUAGUUGAGAUGGUUUUAGAGUAGGAAAUGACAUUGCCUCUCAGUGACAGGGAUGGCCAAGCCUGCUUUGUAUUUUGACUUUUUUUUAAACUGAUGGAUGGUGCAGCAUGUCUUCAUGUCUCCAUGGUUGUUUGUUGCUAAACUUUAUAUAAUGUGUGGUUUCAUUCAGCUUGAAAAAUAAUCUCACUAUAUGUAGCAGUACAUUAUAUGUACAUUAUAUGUAAUGUUAGUAUUUCUGCUUUGAAUCCUUGAUAUUGCAAUGGAAUUCCUACUUUAUUAAAUGUAUUUGAUAUGCUUGUUACUGUGUGUGAUUUAAACUUUUUUUUUCCUUUCUCCCUUUCCUAGUUGUGUGCUUCUUUUACAACAAGCUUCUAGAAACAGGUAGUUCUGAGAAUUACUGAGCUAUGUUUGUAAUGCAGGUGUACUUAGGGAGUAUGUAAAAUAAUCAUUUUAACAAAAGAAAUAGCUAUUUAAAUUUAAUACUAACUAUGGGAAAGGGUCCAUUGUGUAAAACAUAGUUUAUCUUUGGAUUCAAUGUUUGUCUUUGGUUUUACAAAGUAGCUUGUAUUUUCAGUAUUUUCUACAUAAUAUGGUUAAAAAGUAGAGCAAUUGCAAUGCACCAAUAAAAUGGGUAAAUUUUC